AUGGGAUCCGCUGCUCCCGCGACAGGUCCGGGACUGAAGGGUGAGGUCCUGCUCAUCGCCUUUCCGGGCCCGCACAACGAGGAGUGGGUUACCGAGCUCAAGGCGGCGCAUCCGGAUCUCGAGGUCCGUUGGGUCACCCACUCUAUCGCAUCGCCGCCGGAAUCUUUCCCGCCUGAGAUUUACGCCGACGUGACACUCCUCGCGGGUUUCUGGCCGAUCCCCGCAGCGGCGGUGCCAAAACUCCGCUACGUCCAGUUGUUUUCUGCCGGCGCCGACCGGUGGAUCGAUUCCGACCUCUACAAGAACCCGAAAAUCACGUUUUGCACCGCCAACGGGGCUCAUGCUCCUCAGAUUGCCGAGUGGGUGAUCGGCAACUGGCUCAUGGCCACGCACCACUUCCUCCCCUGGGCAGCCGCGCAAAAAGAAGCCAAGGGCACCCGCAUCACAAACUUCGCAAGCGAUUCCCCGGGACUCCGCAUGGGCAUUCUCGGCUACGGCGCCAUCGGCCGGCACGCCGCACGGCUCGGCCAAGCCCUCGGCAUGGAAGUGUACGCGCACACCCGCAGCGAAAAGGCAACCCCUGAAUCCCGCAAGGACGACAGCUAUUGCGUGGCCGGCACCGGUGACCCGGAUGGCCUGAUCCCUACUAAAUGGUUCCACGGCUCAUCCAAGACCGCCGUCAACGACUUUUUGUCGCAGGAUCUUGACCUCCUUGUUUUGAGCCUGCCUUUGACUAAGGAAAGCCACCACAUCCUCAGCGCCGAGCAAUUUGAGAUUUUGUCCAAGAAGAAGACCUUUGUCGCCAACAUUGCGCGUGGGCAGCACAUUGACACAGAUGCGCUGCUGGUGGCGCUGCGCGAGGGCAAGAUCCGGGGUGCGGCGUUGGACGUGACAGACCCUGAGCCGUUGCCGGAAGGCCAUGAGCUGUUUACGGCGCCGAACGUGUUUAUCACGCCGCAUAUCAGUUGGCAGUCGGCGCAUUUGGGGGAUCGGCUGCAGAAGAUUGUGAGCACGAACUUGGAGAAGUUGGGGAAGGGGGAGGCGCUGAUUAAUCUUAUGAACCGGGAACACCAUUACUAG